GAACAUAUAAGCGGUCGGAGGAGGAGUCAGAUGAUAAAUGUGCAGCAGUCAGUGGAGGCUGAGAGUAACGAGGUCCUCCUUCCGCUGUCCGUAUGUGCAGAGAGCAGUCUGAUAUCGCUGGGAGGAAAAUGGCAUGCGGGCUGUGGAAAGAGACCCUGGCUCUGGCAGAGGACUACCUGUCCCUGUGCUGCACAAGCCCCCAGCCAGCCCCUCAACCUCCCAGCGAGUCAGCCGCUGCCAUGAGGCGCAUGGCCCAGGACAUGGAGACGCAGCACCAGGCUCGCUUUCAGUCCCUGGCUCAGACCUUCCUGAGGCAGUGCGGGCCGGACCCCUGCUCCAGCCUCAGGAGGGUGAUGGAGGAGCUGGUGGGAGACGGACACUUGAACUGGGGGAGGGUUGUUUCCAUUUUCACCUUUACUGGGGUGCUGGCCAGACUGCUGCUGGAGCAGAAGGACACAAAGCCGGGGCUGGACCCUGGAAGAUGCAGUGGACUGGCGGAGACCAUCGCUGAUUACCUGGGAGAGGAGAAGAGAGAGUGGCUGCUGGAGAAUGACGGAUGGGAGGGGUUCUGUAAGUUCUGCCGCAGUGCCAGAGAAGUGAGUCAGGACUCGUCCAUGAAGACAGCGCUGUUUGCCGCUGCUGGCGUGGGCCUCGCUGGACUCACCUUCCUCCUGGUGCGCUAGCUAGCCUUCAUUAACACAUCCUCAUCAAUGUUCUCCAUUCAUUUGGCACAAUUAGGUAAACAUUUCAAUUCCAACAUCAAUGCUGCAAAAACAGGCAUAAUCUUUAGUGAAUUCAGGGUCGUAAUCUCAUGUCAUCAACUGAAUGUUUGCACAUGCUCGAACCCCACACACACACACACACACACACACACACACACACACACACACACACACACACACACACACACAUACAUAUAUUAGUACUGACAUUUUGUCACUUGCUCCUUAAGAUUGUAAAAAUGAUCUCAAUGCCUUCAGAAAUUUUGGAGUAGGUGGCAUCAGUUUGCAUAUCUUUAGACAGGAUAAUUACUAAAGCACAGGUUUCUGUACAGAACUGUCUUGAUUUCGUCGUUUUAUAUUUUCAGCUGUGCAGCUUAAAGACUUCAUUUCAAUUUUCACACAGCUUCUGGUUUUGGUUUUUACAAUUGUCAGCUGCCUUUUUUAUUCACGUGUUUACCUGAGUUGUGUAUGUGGUAUAGAGCCAUUCUAGUGUACAAUGUAUAAAUUAAUAUAUUAUAUUUAUAUGAAAUGAAACUGUAAGCAGUGGCCCCCUUUUUCUAACUGAUCCACAGCUAAUUCAGUUGUUUCAUUGUUUUCAAGUCUGUCCUACAUUCUUGUGAAAUGUCUGUGAUUUACACAGGUCAGCAGAGCUGUGUACAGCCCUGAUGACCACACAACGGUGCUAUGAUAUGUUGUUGUUUCUUAUAUCAGUCUAACAAACCAGGGACCAAUCUGACUUCAAAUAUUGUGCUAUUAGAACAAACCGUUGCUAUGGCAUUACCCCCACAGAUCUCUGAAACAUUAUAUUUUUACAUUGUUUUGUUCUAUUUAUUUCUCACUGUCUAUUUUUUUUUUGUUUUGUUUGUUUUUGGUUUUUUUAAUAAAAAAAAAAAAAGCAA